AUGUCAAAUGAAAAGCAAAAAAAUGUUCUACCAUUUUUUGCGAACUUUACAAUAGCUGGAUUGUCUGGGAUGGGAGCUUCGGUAUUCGUCCAUCCAUUAGAAGUGCUUAAAUAUCGUAUGCAAUUAAGUGGCGAAAAAGGUACAACAUCGGAUCACAAAAACUCGUUCCAUGCAAUCAUUAACAUGGCAAAAAAAGAAAAACUAUCGGGAUUUUAUAAGGGCAUCUCAGCAAACUUUAUUAGACAACUAAUUUUUACGUCAACUCGGGUAGGCUGCUAUACCACGCUUAUCGAUGAAAUGAAAAAACGAGGGCAAAGCAACGUGAUAAAUAAUGCGAUAGCAAGCAUGUCUACCGGAGCAUUUGCUGCGUUCAUUUCAACGCCAACCGAUAUUGCUGUAGUCCGCAUGACGGCCGACGGACGAUUGCCAACGGAAAGCCGACGAAACUACAAACAUGUGUUCGACGCAUUGUGGAAAAUCCGAAAGGAUGAAGGCAUAACGGGGCUUUGGAGAGGGACGGCGGCAACUGUGUUUAGGGCGAUGACAGCUAACGUAACGCAAUUGAUGUCAUAUGACGCGGCCAAAGUGUACAUGAUGGACAAUUAUAAAAUGGAGAACGGUUUAAAGCUUCACACCGUAUCAAGCAUGAUUUCUGGAAUUGUAUAUUCCAUCUGUUCGAAUCCAAUGGACGUGUUAAAGACUAGAAUACAACAACAGAAAAUAGUAGACGGAAAAGCAGAAUAUUCAGGGCUAGUAGAAGUGGCAUCGACUUUGGUGAAGACCGAGGGAGUGACAGCUUUAUGGAAAGGCUGGCCUUUUUAUUAUUUACGAGUUGCUCCGGGUACUGUCUUGUUAUUUAUUUUCAUGGAACAGCUUAAAAAAGGAUAUGAAGAACAUUUUAUGAAAGUCUUGUAA